AUGUCGUCCACCGUACUCGAGCAGCUGCGCGCCGAGCAGGAGGAGAUCGAGGCUCUAGAACGCGCUGUUGUGGCCACGCUGGGUGAGAAGCCGCGCAACCAUCGCAGUCGAGUUCUGCAUGGACACAAAGUGAGCAAGUUGCUGGACAAAGUGACGGAGCAGAGCAAGCACGUGAAAGAGCUGUACGAGGACGAAGAUGGGAUUUUUGCCGAGGAGACGGAUAGCAUGCGUGGACGAGCGGUCUUCACGUCGUUCUACGAGCAGCUUAAGUCCAUCCGUUCGUUUCACCGCAAGUACCCGAACUCGAUGGUCUCUCAUGAGCUGAACUUGGACGAGGCGUUGCACCCGAAUAUCCGUUUUUCAGGCGAAGAACAUUUUGGGAAAUAUGUGGACCUGAACGAGUUCUACACGCGGUUCUUGAACAUUCCCGAGCUCAAGUGGCAAGCACGAAAGACGCAGGAGGCACUGAGGUCGAGUGCCAAGAUCAAGGGAAAGAGGCAGGCUACUACUGGCAUGUCUAUCGAUUACUUGGCGUUCCUUGCGUCUUUCUCUGACUUCUCGGCCAUUCCAGCAGCACAGAAGACCCAAUCGGUGCCUUACAAACAAUACCUGAAGGACUUGAAGGAGUAUUUAUUGGACUUCUACCGACGCACGCAGCCUCUCGUGGACCUGGACGACGUCAUUGACGAAACUUCGGCAAAGUUUGAGAAGCAGUGGGCGCUUGACGAAGUUCCUGGAUGGAAUGCGAGCGAUAAGGAGGCCGACGUUGGUGUGGGCCAGAAUUCUAAGCAGCCUACUGCUGCUGCUGGAAAGACGACGGACGAUGCGAAGUGCCAUGGUGCAAUUUCUAACGGUACCAAAGCAGUCAAAGACUCUACAGCAGAGCUAGAGACGAAGCAGAAGGCCGUUGCUUUUGACGAAAUCUUGAUCCGUCGAAUGUACGAGCUUCUCACAGAAGUAGUGCAGGGUACGAUUUCAUAUUUGGAACUGAAGCAGACGCGCACACACGAAGAGCUCCAAGCUGAGAUCGAAGAGGAAGAGGAAGGAGCGUUCUCGGAUGUGGAUGUGGAAAACGAAAACGAGGAUGAUGACGAAGAAGAGCAGUUGUAUAACCCUUUGAACCUGCCGCUGGGUUUUGACGGAAAGCCGAUCCCGUACUGGCUGUAUAAGAUGCACGGGCUUGGCGUCGAGUACAAAUGCGAGAUCUGUGGAAACCACAGCUACUGGGGACGACGUGCAUUUGAUCGCCACUUUCAAGAAUGGCGCCACGCCUUUGGUAUGCGCUGUCUCAAGAUUCCCAACACGAAGCACUUCCACGACAUCACACUGAUGAGAGACGCCAUUCAGCUGUACGAGAAGUUGAAAGACCAGAUUGAUGCCGAGAGCUGGAAUGCAUCCAAUGAGGAGGAGUUUGAGGACUCCGAAGGCAACGUGCUCAAUCGAAAGACGUACGAGGAUCUGGCCCGCCAGGGCUUGCUGUAA